AUGCAUUAAAAACUGUGGAUUCCAAUUCCGAACGAUUUCAAACCAAAACAAGAGCAUCUCAUCAUCUAAGGCGAAUUUACUAAACCAAAUGGGAAAACUAGGCUACUUUAUGGAUAUGAUCAUUACGUAGUUUGUGUUAAGGAUGGAUAAUUCAAAAAGUGUAUUAAGUUAGAAUUCGAUACUAAAUUUGAAAUCUUAAGAUAAGCCAUUUAAAAAAAAGACGAAGAUGAUGAUUCCUUAGGCCCAAUAAUAGGAAUUCAAUUCUUAAGAGACAAUGCAGGAAUUAUGCCUACCUACAAAUUGAGUGCGUCUUCCAAAUUGAUACUUGAAUGGAGACAAUUUCUAAGUCCGAGGAUCAAUUAAUGGCAAUUUCAUAAUAUGUUUAGAGUUUAUAAAAAAAUUGGGAAGGGAAAUUUUGCAACAGUCUAUAUGGCUGAAAGAAUUGAGGAUGGGGAAGAGAUGGCAAUCAAAGCCUUUGCAAAAUAGGCAGCAUAUGCAGAGGAAAAUGGAAAGGAAGCAAUUUUAAAUGAAAUAGCAAUCAUGAGGAGAUUGCAUAACAAGCAUCUGAUGAAAUUGUUUGAAGUCUAUGAAACUUCGAAUUCCUUAUACGUAGCCUUAGAAUUGUUAGAGGGAGGCUCAUUGUACGAUCUAAUCAAAGAUAAAGUGCCUAUCAAUACAAAACAAAUCCAACAGAUAAUGGUUGGCAUAUUAAUUGGUCUGCAGGAAAUGCAUAAAAAAGAGAUAAUGCAUAGAGAUUUAAAACUUGAAAAUAUCCUAUUUAAAGUUUCAAAGAAAAUGGAAUCAGUAGUAAUAGCUGAUUUUGGUUUGGCUACUCAUGUGAAUGAACCAGUUUAUUUAUAUUGCAGAUGUGGUACUCCUGGUUACGUGGCACCUGAAGUGAUCAACAUAAAGGAUAUGAAAUCUAAAUACUCCUCUAUUUGUGACAUCUAUAGUUUGGGAUUAGUCUUUUAUUUAUUAUUGACAGGUAAGCCAGCCUUCAACGGCAAAAGUUAUGCUACUGUUGUCAAAUAAAACAGAGAGGCAAGUGUAGAUUUUGAAAUUAAAUAACUCUAAAAUGCUCCUGGGGCUGCAGUUGAUUUAUUAAAGCAAAUGUUAGAAAAGGAUCCAAAAAAAAGGAUAAAUGCUGAAAAAUGCUUACAUCAUGCAUUCCUAUCAGAUAUGGCCAAGAUUAUGUUAGAAGCAGAAAAGGAAGAUCAAUAGAGCAUAGACGAAAUCGACGAGGGUAAUGAAAUUCAGAAUAUGAUGAAUAAAAUCAAUGAUGAGUAUUCUAAAUUUGAUGCUACAAGAAACAUCAACUCCCCUCUUCAAUCACCAAAACAAUCUCCAGGUCUUUUGAUGCAAAAGUAAAUUUAGCAAUAAAAAUAAAUUGAUUCUACUAAAGUAGUGGGACAUGAUUCCCCCUUGUUAAAAGGAAAAGUUGAUUCUAUAGACAGUGCUUAAUCUAUUGGAACUCCUACAAAGAAGAACAACUAAUAAUAUUAGCCAUCACCAUAAAUAAAACCAUCGAGAUUUGCUAAGCAGGCUGAAAACAAUCCUUUGUUAAAAUAUGCAAAAAAGGAUUGAAAUUUUAUCAAAUUUAUUAAAAAGACAUUCUUUAUUA